AUGCUCACAGACCAAUUUCACACUAUAGAGAGCCCUUUUACCUGCAAACAGUAUGGAAAGAGUUUCACUCAAAAAGGAAGCCUUAACAAACACAUAAGAAUUCACACAGGAGAAAAGCCUUACACAUGCAAACAGUGUGGAAAUAGUUUCAGUCAACAAGGAAAUCUUGACCGGCACAUGAAAAUUCACAAUAGAGAGAAGUCUAACAGAUCCCCUCAGUCUGGAAAGAGUUUCAGCCAAAGUGGAAACCUUGAAGUCCACCAGAAAAUUCACACUACGGAGAGCCCUUUUACCUGCCAACGGUGUGGAAAGGGUUUCACUCAAAAAGGAAGAAUUCACAUGAGAAUUCACACUGGAGAGAGGCCUUACACAUGCAAACUGUGUGGGAAAAGUUUCAAUCAAAAAGGAAUCCUCAACAAGCACAUGACAAUUCACACUGGAGAAAAGCCUUACACAUGCAAACAGUGUGGAAACAGUUUCGGUCAAAAAGGAAGCCUUGACAGACACAUGAAAAUUCACAAUAGAGAGAAGCCUAACAGAUCUCCUUAG